AUGCCGUCCUCGGUCGGAAGCACUGCGGCCAUCGAACAAGGCCGCGGCGCAGGCGGCAGCGCAGACGCGCUGCCGCUACGCAGCACUAAUGCAACUCUUCGCUCAGACUUUCUACGCGGCGAUUUCUUGCGCAAUAGCGACGACUUCUUCGCAGGUCCUGGUGCUGCCGCCAACUUCUCCCCCUCACCCGUCCUGCUACUCAUUCUCCAAGGCUACCUCACCCUCGAAGUACUCAGCAGAUGCUCCAGGCUCAGAAACCUGGCUUGGUAUCAGCUGGGUCUCGCAGCACGCGCUGCAGACCAAACUGGCCACCUCAGAUUCCUGUCCUGUCUCGAAAAGAUUGAACAAGCUCUAAUCAAAAGCAAAUCAAUGGCGCUAUAUAGACAACUCAAUGAGCAAGAGCGGCGCCGGAGCGAUCUCUUACCUGACAUCACUGAAGACGUGAAGAGCGGCGACUGGGUCAAGUUCACGACCGAUACUGACUUCCGGAAUAAUGUCAACCAUCUCUGCCAAAUGCAGGAGUCUCUCAGCGGUACAGUGCUACGACCACCCUUACCUACUGGAUACGACAAGGGCUCCUUCGUAGCACCAUCCUACGCUCAGAGCGUGCCCCGCUACCGAGCGUUGAAAACUGCGCUUGAUACCAUCCGAAUAAAUCAACAUGUUCCAUGGAAGAAAACGGUCAAUGCUCUCGCCCUGGCCAACAGACUCACCUAUCGGUAG